AUGGACGGCAUCGACAAUGCAACCCUAUUCUUUGAGCCGUCCUCUCUGCAAUCGGACAACUACACCCUGUCGCCCAAUGCCAGCAGCCUGAACACCAGCCUGGACUUCCAUCUGGAUCUUGCUUCCAGCCCCAGCCCCAGCCCCAGCCCUGGACUCAAUUUCGGGCCGGGUCCAAGCAUUAGCUUCAGCCCUGGCCCUACUCCGACCCCAGAGCUGAUGACCAGCAGCUUUCCAGGCAGUGCAGCAAGCCAGGGACCGUCCCACGGCACCCCUUUCUGGGACACGCCACUGAACCACGGGCUAAACGUGUUCGUGGCCGCCGCCCUGUGCAUCACCAUGCUGGGCUUGGGGUGCACGGUGGACGUGAACCACUUCGGGGCGCACGUCCGCCGGCCCGUCGGCGCACUGCUGGCGGCGCUCUGCCAGUUCGGCUUCCUGCCGCUGCUGGCCUUCUUGCUGGCCCUCGCGUUCAGGCUGGACGAGGUGGCUGCUGUGGCCGUUCUGCUGUGUGGCUGCUGUCCCGGCGGAAAUCUCUCCAACCUUAUGUCUCUGCUGGUUGACGGCGACAUGAACCUCAGUAUCAUCAUGACCAUCUCCUCCACGCUUCUGGCCCUGUUCUUAAUGCCCCUGUGCCUGUGGAUCUACAGCCGAGCUUGGAUCAACACUCCUCUCGUGCAAUUACUACCCCUAGGAGCCGUGACCCUGACUCUGUGCAGCACCCUCAUCCCUAUUGGGUUGGGCAUGUUUAUUCGCUACAGAUACACCCGCGUGGCUGACUACAUUGUGAAGGUGUCCCUGUGGUGUCUGCUAGUGACUCUGGUGGUCCUAUUCAUAAUGACGGGCACUAUGUUAGGACCUGAACUGCUGGCAAGUAUCCCUGCAGCUGUCUAUGUGAUAGCAAUUUUUAUGCCGUUGGCAGGCUAUGCCUCAGGCUAUGGCUUAGCUACCCUCUUCCAUCUUCCACCCAACUGCAAAAGGACUGUGUGUCUGGAAACAGGUAGUCAGAAUGUGCAGCUCUGCACUGCUAUUCUAAAACUGGCCUUUCCGCCACAAUUCAUUGGAAGUAUGUAUAUGUUUCCCUUGCUUUAUGCUCUUUUCCAGUCUGCAGAAGCAGGGAUUUUUGUUUUAAUGUAUAAAAUGUGUGGAAGUGAAAUAUUGCACAAGCGAGAUCCUUUAGAUGAAGAUGAAGAUACAGAUAUUUCUUAUAAGAAACUAAAAGAGGAGGAAAUGACAGACACUUCCUAUGGCGCAGUGAACACAGAUAACUUGAUAAUGAUGGAGACCACCCAGACGUCUCUCUAAACGUGGAGAUACACAGGAGCUUCUAUCUGGCUGAUGCAUUACUUCAUAUUUAUGGUCUGUGGUACUGCAUAUGGUUUACAUAAAGCAUACAAUUGGUUUGCAUUAUCAUACAUGUAAUAAUUAUGAUCUUCCCAUUGUAAGGUUGCAUUUGUGUAUUAACCAAGCAUUUUCACAAAUUACAAAUCAAUGUCAUGAUAUAACCUACACCUGGGACCAUUAAAGUGAUGCCUGGGCUAGUUAACAGUACUUUUUGGUUUUCA